AUUCAAGGAGUCGGAAUACAAUGAGUGCAAAUGUCGCCCAGACGAUCCACAACCGUGCAGUAUUGAAAACGAUUGUUACAAUGCAAUGCUAAACUUUGAGUGCGAUCCUGAUCUGUGUCCAGCCAAAGACAAGUGUCAAAAUCAAAAUUUCCAUCGUGGAGAGCAGUUUUCAUUCCAAGUCAAAAUGACCAAAUCGAAGGGGUGGGGCCUAUUUGCCAAGGAGAAGAUUCCCGCAGGGAAAUUCAUCAUUGAGUACAUGGGAGAGGUGAUUGACAGUGUGGAAUUUGAUCAACGAUUCAAUCGCGCAAAAGUCAAUAAAGACGAUAAUUACUAUUUUCUGACACUCGGACAAAAUAUGUACAUUGACGGGGCCGUGUAUGGGAACGACGCACGUUUCAUCAACCAUUCCUGUGAUCCAAACGUUGCGCCGAACAAAUGGACAGUGCACUCAAAUGGGCAAGGGCAAAUUCGCAUUGGAUUCUUUGCAAGACGCGAGAUUCUACCGGGAGAGGAAAUAACCUUUGAUUACAACUGGGGCAAAAAGAAUAUGCAGACCGUCUGUCAAUGUGGAUCACAAAAGUGUCGAGGCCAUAUUUAA